GGCCGAAUAACCUCAAGUAUGUACCUCAACAGCAACAGCGACUAGCAGUCAGUGCGUCAUAAACCUUCGUUGCGUGUCUCCGCGUGCUUGACAUUUCAAUAUUUUAAAAAACAUAGAAAAAUAAAAGGAAAGAGAUGGAAAAAAGAAGAUGAUUAUGAAGAUGAGGCGAAAUGCAUCGAAAGCCAUAUCGCGUGUAGUUUCCCCAUUCACAGCUACUCAUCGUCGCGUAUGUGCUUCAUAAUAAUCGCGAGUUGGCGAUAGUUGUCAGGUGCGCGUUCGUAUCUCCGUCAGCUGUAAGAAUACGCGCGCUGCUGGCUGCUCCAAUUUGUGGAUAUAUGUUGUGCGUGAUGUGACUUGAGUGUAAUACACCAUGCGAUGUACAAGAAUUUCUGCGUGUAAAAAAGAAUAAGAAAGAGACAUUUUAAGCGAAGAGAAGAGAGUGUGAAAAAGGAAAAAGAAAGUGAGAGAGAGAGAGAGAGAGAGAGAGAGAAGCGACAUGGCGCCCCCCGACAGAUCGCCUCGCCCUAACUCCGGUCUCAGCCUCUCCGUGCUCGACUUGGCCCAGAUACGAGCGUUGGUCGAAUCGACGGGGAUGUUAGGUGGAUCUUCGUGUCCAUCCUGCGAAAUGCCGUUUGACAAGGGCAAGAAACGUCGACUGAUUGAUUCCUGCGGCCACGAGCGCUGCUACUCCUGUCUGUUUCGCAGCGAGGUCUGUCCGCUUUGCCUGCGAGGCUACGAUGUCAAUGAUAAUGAUGACAACGACGACGACGACGACGAUGACGACGACGACGACGACGUCGACAGAUUGGAAGAACCACCUUUUAGGAACGUUUCCUCGGUUCCACUGUCCACUUUCGCGCCUACGGAUGGUUGGCUCGAUGAGUCAUCGACGGUGAAUUCUCUCUGUGGUAGCCCUAGGCUACGCACCAAGAUCACUACGAGGGCUAAUCUACCGUCGCGAGUUAUACACCAGCGAGGCAGGGCGGAAAAUCUCUCGUUGAUCACGGUAGCCAAGAACCUGAAAAGUAAGGCUUCGCCACUUUCAACUCCUUCUGUUUCUCAUCAAGAUCGGCAAAAACUCAAAAUGACGCAAAGUUGUCCCACACCACCAAAUCAACGAAGAAGAUUUUUCCUCAAUCCAAAAGUGCUCAGAAGCUCUUUUGCUGUCCAGAGAUCUUCAAGACAUACUUCGACAUCCUCGCCCGAACCAAUUGUAAAUGAUAAUCCUUCCGCUUUAUCAGUUUGGAGAACUUCGUCCUUGGAAGGAAAAGCGACAUGGCCCGGCGUUGUCUUGGGAAAAAUCAAGUCUCUGUGGAGCAAUAGUCAGGGCACAGCUAACGACGGGUUGAAUCAGCUCAUCAGCUCGUCGAAUAAAAUUGCAGACGAUGAGGGUGGUUGCGUGAAACCGCUGUCUUCGAAAACCAGGAAAUCGUCACAGUCGGACCUGUACAUGAGAUUGGGUCUGCUAUUGGGAUCUAAUCGAGCAAAUGCGAGCGUGGAAUCAAGCGCGUGUCCCUCGCGAACUCCGAUACAAGGACAUGAUAGUUCCGCGGCGGCCUCCUUCAGUAGCCUGACCAGCUUCGAAACGCAGACAUUGGCAUCAACGAAUACGAGCCCAGUGUCGACUUUGACGGGCACGUCGAGCGAAGCUGAGGCCGCGGCGGCGUUGCGAUGUCCUGUCAAGUCUAAGGCCAAGGCCAAGGGGAAAACUAAAUCCAAAGACUGCGACAGCGCUGGUAGCCUGGCAUCAAUUUCCACAUCGUUAUCCGCAUCCACGUCAAUGUCCAUGUCUAUGUCCGUGUCAGUAUCAGGCCUCUCGAACGGUAGCUCCAGUCCGCUCACGCCCAGAAGACAUUCCGUCAACACCACCACACAAGGAGGACAAACCGAUGAGUUCGGCCAGUUGAAAAACAGACGAUCCUGCGCCCGGAGAUCGGCAAGAACUGGCAACGCUAAAGGUCCAAUGGACGUGAAACUACGUUUCGCUCAGCAUCAUAGUUUAGCGACACAGUUAAACCUGAAGCCAUUGUUCUUCGAGGUGCCUCUACUAGAAGAAGACCCACUUUUCGCAGGGCGACAGUGGUUGCUACAUGAAUUAGAAUCCGUCAUCAAUGGUUCCAGUCCUGGAAUUUUGAUUUCCGGAUCGCCAGGCACAGGGAAAACUGCACUCGUUUUGCAACUAGUGGAACACAGUUGUUUCGGAAGAAGGAGAGAGCAGUCAAGAUCCGCGGAAGUGAGCGAGGAAUGUGAAAAUGAGAAACAGAAUACUAACGCAACUCUGCGAGCCAACAUUCGGCAUACUAACGAAAAGGUCCGCGAAUUAGCGUCACACGUUGUGGCUUAUCACUUUUGUCAAGCCGACAAUAACAGUACCUGCCUAGUCCCAGAUUUAAUUCACUCAUUAGCGGCACAACUCUGCCAGGCUCCUCAGUUGAUCUCAUAUAGGGAGUACCUCUUGUCCGAGCCCCAUCUUCAAGGCUCGUUGUCUCAAAGAGAGUGUACCGUUGAUCCAGAUCUCGCGCUCUCGAGAGGUAUUAUUGAACCGCUUUCGACUUUGAAGAAAGCCAAUAGACUGCCGAUUUCGAAUAUGGUAAUAUUAAUCGACGCCGUUUGCGAGGCAGAGUAUCACAGGCCGGACAGAGGUGACACUAUAGCUUCUUUUCUAACGAGGCAUGCACCUAACAUUCCUAGCUGGUUAAAGAUCGUUUGCACGGUCAGAACGCAGUUGCUGGAUUGCGCGAAGCAACUACCCUACACGAGGAUCUCGUUAGACAAAAUUACGAAUGAUGCGAUCGGUAACAGCAUCGCCAAGGAUUUAUCCGAUUAUGUCGGUUAUAGAUUAGCGCAAAGUCUUUCCAUCCAAUCGAAUGUGACGGCGUCGGUAAACGGCAAGGCAGAAUCAUCGUGCAGCGCGAAUCAGACGAGAUUCUCUUCUCAUUUGCUCGCUCUAGCCAAAGGUAGUUUCCUCUUCGCUAAGCUGACGCUUGAUCUUAUCGAGAGUGGACAUUUAGUCGCUAAAUCUGCGAGCUACAAGGUGUUACCAGUUUCUCUCGCGCAGAUCUUUCAAUUACAUUUUAACUUGAGAUUUCCUACGGCAGCAUCAUUCGACAAAGUACAACCUCUUCUGGCAGUUUGUCUGGCAGCUCUGUACCCACUGACUCUACCUGAAAUUUUCUAUUCCAUCAAUUCAUUAAAUAUAGAUCAUUUUAUUUCAUGGGAUGAUUUUUUACAGAGAUUUAAGAUGCUCUCUGGCUUUCUUGUAAAACGCUUGGACAAUACAUACAUGUUCUUCCACCCAUCGUUCAGGGAAUGGUUGAUGAGAAGAGACGAGGGAGAAUCAACAAAGUUCCUGUGCGACUACAGACUUGGUCAUGCGGCGAUAGCAUUCAGACUAUCUCGCCUUCAAGCACCGUUGGACGGUGACAAAGUUUUAGAACUAGGCCACCAUGUGUUAAAGGCACACGUUUACAGAGGCGUAGCUCCAUGCUGGCCCUCGCGCGACUUACAAGCAAUUUGGCUGACUUUAUCGACCGAAUGCAUCUCCUCGGCAUUGUGCACACUUCGAAACAUUUACAGUCCAAAUGUGAAGGUAUCGCGGUUGCUUCUGCUGGCAGGUGCAUCACCGAAUCACAUUACUGAGUAUUUGGGUAACGCACCAGCUCUCUGCAUGUACGCGCACGAAGGUUCUGUCGAGAUGGUGUCUCUUCUUCUUGAAUUUGGCGCCGACGUCGAACUGACCAACAGCCAAGGCUUUACCGCGCUAUCGCUGGCGGCUGCCAGGGGACAUUGUGACGUUGUCAGAAGAUUGGCUGCCGCUGGAGCCUCAUUAGGACAUGUAGACAUGGCCGGCCAGUGUCCUUUGGUGCAUGCGGCAAGACACGGAAGAUUAUCCGUGGUUGGGUAUCUUCUUGCUUGCGACUGGGUUGUACCAGCCAAUGAAAGUAAAACAGAAAACGACGUUUUGGAAAUAGGUAGAGAAGAAGCUGCCCAACAAGCCGUUGUUGCGGCUGCGUCACAGGGUCAUGAAGCGGUCGUAGAAUACCUUUUGGAUAUGGCAGAAGUGAUUAUAGAUCGUCCCGAUACAUUGAUUGGCGAGACCGCUCUAACGAUCUCUGCUACAAAUGGUUCGACUGCAACGGUUUCCGCGCUUUUGGCUCGCGGUGCCAAUCCUAUAGCUGUAAACACGAAAGGACUUUCUCCUCUCAUGCUCGCCGCCAGGGAAGGACAUUGGGGUACUGCCGAACGACUUUUGCAAGGUUUGCUUUUUUCUCUUUUUCGACAUAAGCUGACUUCGAUUAUAUCGAUUUUAUGGUAUAAGAUUAAUUGCAGUACGCGACUGUUGAAUUAUUUCACAGGAGAUUUAUCCAGCAGCAUGGAUACAAUAUCAGACGAAACUAUAUCGCUCCUAGAACAACGUGAUCUCACUGGUCGUACUGCUUUAAUAUUGGCUGCAUCCGAGGGUCAUACCAAUCUACUUGAGCUAUUCCUCGAUAAAGGAUCCAAGUUAGAAACGAAGGACAAGGAAGGACUGACUGCUCUCGGUUGGGCUUGCGUUAGGGGACGCGUAACUGCCGUACAAAUGUUGCUCGAUCGCGGUUCUGAUGUCAAUACAAAUGACAACUCUGGUAGAACUCCUUUGGAUUUGGCUGCAUUUCAGGGUAAUCCAAAGCUAGUACAGCUGUUACUCGAGAAAGGAGCCGCGGUAGAGCAUGUUGAUCUUCAUGGCAUGCGACCUCUGGACCGAGCUAUCGGAUGUCGCAAUAUACCAGUGGUUCAAUGCUUCUUGCGUCGUGGGGCUAAACUCGGUCCCGCUACAUGGGCUAUGGCAGCUGGAAAACCAGACGUUUUAAUAAUUCUAUUAAAUAAGCUUUUGGAAGAUGGCAAUGUUUUAUAUCGAAAGAACAGGUUGAAAGAAGCGUCGCAUCGAUACGCGUAUGCUCUUAGAAAAUUCCCAGUUUCGCCGGAAGAAGAUUGCCAAGGACAGGAGCAAAGUCAUAUGAUGCUGCAGCUUCAGACUUUUACACAACUUCAUUUGAACUUUCUUCUUAAUCUGAGCCGAUGCAAGCGCAAGAUGAACGAAUGUGCCGAAGCUAUUGAACUCGCUAACGAAGCUCUCAGCAUCCGGCCCAUUUCUUACGAAGCCUUCUACGCUAGAGCUAAAGCGCGCGUAGACUUAGGUAUGUUCGAAGAUGCUUUAUCGGACGUUCAUGAAGCUCUUCAAAAUGCACCAGUUCACAACAGACAAGAUCGUAGAGUGCUUACAACUUUGAAAGAUGAGAUCAUUUGUCAAAUUGAUGCUGCUGGGACCAACAAAGAACACGACGAUUACAUCGCUAGAUCUCGUCUUCGGGCAUCAGUGGAUACUCUUACUGAAUUGUAAUUAUAUUUGGUUAGAAUACUCGAAUAAAAUCUUACCGAUUUGAAUUCAAA